UCAUAAUAACAUACAGAAGUCACGUGUGUUGACAGUCACGUACUGCGAGAUGUGAUCUAGGUACUUCAUGUUCUUUUCGCUUUGUAUCACUCCCUGGUGCUCUAGGCCGUUUCACGUAGGUUUGUUCCUUUAAGUAAUUACGGUAUUUUUAUAGUUAUACGGAAAAUUGUCUGUAUAGUUUUGCUUUUGUUGGCCUGGCAGCUGUAUUUUGACGAUGCCUCAAGAGUUUCAGGAGGGGCAGCAGCCCCUGCCGCUGGUCCGAUCGCUGGUUAGCCGUCUGCCUGCCUACGUAGUGUUUUGCAACCGCAGUCCGCGCGUCGUAAAGCCUAUCUGGGUUAACUUUCGCGGAGAGCCACAGCCAUACGUAAAUAUUCAACCUUACACAGGACGAAGAAUGACAACGUAUAUGGGCCACCCAUGGAUGUUUCGGGAUGCAGAGACAGACGAUCCAAUGUUGGUGAAUAAUAAAGAGAUGUACCUGCCAACCCCCCUUGGAAAUGGACAGGUCUCAAUUGCCAACAUCACAUUGCCUGUGUUGACCUUGCGAGAACGUUGUCUGCAAGUUGUGCGGCGGCUGGUUCGCAGUGAAGAUAUCUGUCGGUUGGAGAUAGGUCGAUGCCUACAAGAAGACCUCACUCAAAGGCCCAGUAUUCAUGCUGAUCUACGACAGAUUAGUCAAAGAGUAGAACAGAAAUUAUUGGAGAACAGAGAAGAGCAAAACGUAUGAAAAUCUUUCAAUCUGCUCAGCAUGCCUGUGCAUCAGCCCCAUAUAAAACUGACGACGCUACCAUGGUAAAAUGUGACAAACCUGAAACCAUGAGAAACAUUUUCUCAAGCAAAUGGAUGCUUUCAAACAGGCAUUUGUUGAGAAUACAAAAAAGCAAUGCUUUCAAGACUUCAGUGAUAAAAGAACUUCAGAAAUGCUGAUUUUGUGUGGUUUUCUUUAGUAGGCCUAGCAAUAGCUGAGAGCAAUACUGUAUGUAAAUUCUUGUUUAAAAUUCUCUUUAUAUGUACUUUAACUUUAUAUUUUGUAAACAACCACUUUGUAAAAAGAUUUGUAAAAAUAAAGUCACUAAAAUAUUUUA